ACCAAGUGGCUCUUCCUCCACUUCCUUUUGUUUGUGCAUUGCAGGUCGCGCCAUAUUGUAUUGUAGACUGGCAUAUAAGAUAACUGACCAAUAGAAUUGAAGCAUCCGUAGCAACAUAUUGUAAUUCGCCAUUAAAAUACAGUGGUUUCGUGUAGAACUCGUUAGUUGAAAAAAAAACAGUCUCUCACAGAAGUUCAUUAUCAGCUACAGUGAGGUUCUACCAUUGAUAAAAUAUUAGCAAAAUGCGCGAGUGUAUCUCUAUCCAUGUCGGUCAAGCUGGAGUCCAGAUGGGCAAUGCCUGUUGGGAGUUGUACUGUUUAGAACAUGGUAUCCAACCUGAUGGUCAGAUGCCUUCUGAUAAAACUAUUGGAGGUGGGGAUGAUUCCUUCAACACUUUCUUUGCUGAAACUGGGGCUGGUAAACAUGUACCAAGAGCUGUCUUUGUUGAUUUGGAACCAACUGUUGUGGAUGAGGUUCGGACCAGCGUUUAUCGUCAACUCUUCCACCCAGAACAACUUAUUACUGGUAAAGAAGAUGCUGCCAACAACUACGCCAGAGGUCACUAUACUGUUGGGAAAGAACUCAUUGACUUAGUCCUUGACAGAAUUAGGAAGCUGGCUGAUCAAUGUACUGGUCUUCAAGGUUUCUUGAUCUUCCAUUCCUUCGGUGGUGGAACCGGAUCUGGUUUCUCAUCCCUCCUUAUGGAAAGAUUGAGUGUCGACUAUGGCAAAAAAUCCAAGUUAGAAUUUGCCAUUUACCCAGCUCCCCAUAUAUCCACUGCAGUGGUAGAACCAUACAACUCUAUCUUAACUACACAUACAACAUUAGAACAUUCUGAUUGCGCUUUCAUGGUGGAUAAUGAGGCCAUCUUUGAUAUCUGUCGAAGAAACUUGGAUAUUGAACGCCCGUCCUACAACAACCUAAAUCGGUUGAUUGGUCAAAUCGUCAGUUCGAUCACUGCCUCCCUCCGAUUUGAUGGUGCUUUGAAUGUGGAUCUUACUGAGUUCCAGACCAACUUGGUACCUUACCCGCGGAUCCAUUUUCCAUUGGUUACGUAUGCUCCAGUUAUCUCAGCCGAGAAAGCUUACCAUGAACAGCUCUCAGUUGCUGAUAUCACGAACGCCUGUUUUGAGCCAUGUAAUCAGAUGGUCAAAUGUGAUCCUCGUCAUGGUAAAUACAUGGCUUGUUGUAUGUUGUACCGAGGUGAUGUUGUUCCAAAGGAUGUGAAUGCUGCCAUUGCUACCAUCAAGACCAAGAGAACCAUCCAAUUCGUCGACUGGUGUCCAACUGGUUUCAAGGUCGGUAUCAAUUACCAACCACCAACUGUUGUACCGGGAGGGGAUUUAGCCAAAGUACAGAGAGCUGUUUGUAUGUUGAGCAACACCACUGCUAUUGCUGAAGCUUGGGCUCGUCUUGAUCAUAAAUUUGAUCUUAUGUACGCCAAGAGAGCUUUCGUUCAUUGGUAUGUAGGUGAAGGUAUGGAAGAAGGUGAGUUCUCCGAAGCCAGGGAAGAUUUGGCGGCGCUAGAGAAAGAUUAUGAGGAAGUUGGUCUGGAUGAUCAGGCAGGAGAUGAAGAGGAGGGAGAAGAAUAUUAAAAAUUAAAUCAAACGCUCUGUUCUUAAACUUAAAUUUGCUCAUUGUGCAACUUACAGGAUUUCAAAUCGAAAUAAAUAAAUUGGCUUUAAAUACCU